UCGUCCUCUCCCGCUCCCGGGCUCCGUCGCGCUCCGCGUUCGGUCUUCUCCGCCGCCUUCCCCCCUCACGCCCCCCGUCGCGUCCCACGAUGCCCUGUUCCAUGCCCCUCUGCUAGGCGGCAGCAGCAUGGACCGUGCUCUGGCGGGGACACCCACGACGGAUUGGUUCGGUACCCUGCGGACGGGCAUGCUGAGUAUCCCUGCCGUAAAUGGGCGAGGACGUUGACACCCGAAAAAUCAACCACAGCUUUCUCAGAGACCACAAUUAUGUGACAGAAGGGCUGCUUGUGGCUAAGCCUUGGCUCCGAACGCAGCUGAACGCAGCCUGGGCCCUUAGGCACUCCUCUCCUGGACUCCGCCCCCCAGGAUGUUGAAUACCAUCCAGGUCCUCUGCUCCGACAUCGCCUCGCUCUCUCUGGAGGCCAAGCAGUUUGCCAGUUACACAGAAGCUGAUAUAAUUUCCACAGUAGAGUUUAACCAGACGGGGGAACUGCUCGCGACCGGGGACAAGGGGGGUCGAGUGGUCAUCUUCCAGAGGGAAACCGAGAGUAAAAAUGAGCCUUACUGUCCAGGCGAGUACAACGUUUACAGCACCUUCCAGAGCCACGAGCCCGAGUUCGAUUACCUGAAGAGCUUGGAGAUCGAGGAGAAGAUCAACAAGAUCCGCUGGCUGCCGCAGCAGAAUGCCGCCCACUUCCUCCUCUCCACCAAUGAUAAGACCAUUAAGCUAUGGAAGGUGAGCGAGCGGGACAAAAGGCCCGAGGGGUACAACCUGAAGGAUGAGGAGGGGCGGCUGAAGGACCUCUCCACGGUGACGUCCCUGCAGGUGCCGGUGCUGAAGCCCAUGGACCUGAUGGUGGAGGUGAGCCCCAGGAGGGUGUUCGCCAACGCCCACACCUACCACGUCAACUCCAUCUCCGUCAACAGCGACUGCGAGACCUACAUGUCCGCCGAUGACCUGAGAAUCAACCUGUGGCACCUGGGCAUCACUGACCGCAGCUUCAACAUCGUGGACAUCAAGCCGGCGAACAUGGAGGAGCUGACGGAGGUGAUCACGGCGGCCGAGUUCCACCCGCACCACUGCAACCUGUUCGUCUACAGCAGCAGCAAGGGCACCCUGAGGCUGUGCGACAUGAGGGCGUCGGCGCUGUGCGACAAGCACUCCAAACUCUUCGAAGAGCCGGAGGACCCCAGUAACCGGUCCUUCUUCUCCGAAAUCAUCUCCUCCGUCUCCGAUGUCAAGUUCAGCCACAGCGGGCGCUACCUGCUCACGCGGGAUUACCUCACAGCUAAAGUCUGGGACCUGAACAUGGAGAACAAGCCCAUAGAAACCUACCAGGUUCACGAUUAUCUCCGGAGUAAGCUUUGUUCUCUGUAUGAGAACGACUGCAUCUUCGACAAGUUUGAAUGUGCCUGGAAUGGGACCGACAGCGUGAUCAUGACUGGGGCCUAUAACAACUUCUUCCGAAUGUUCGACCGGAACACCAAGCGGGACGUGACGCUGGAGGCGUCGCGGGAGAGCAGCAAGCCGCGCGCCGUGCUCAAGCCCCGGCGGGUCUGCGUCGGCGGGAAACGGCGCAAGGACGACAUCGCCGUGGACAGCCUGGACUACACCAAGAAGAUCCUGCACACGGCCUGGCACCCAGCCGAGAACAUCAUCGCCAUCGCCGCCACAAACAAUCUGUACAUAUUCCAGGACAAGGUUAACUCAGAGAUGCACUAACGCAGAGCUCCUGCAGGGCGGCGCCAGGCCGGACCCAAACCCCCCCACCCCCCCCCACCCCCCCAGUCCUAAAGCCCUGCUCACCUUUACUGCUCUCCUCUGCUGUCCCACCCCCACCCCCCACCUGGAGAGGACCUGUCCGGGGCUGAGCGAGAGAGCGUUUUCUUUGUGUUGGAAUUGUGGAUUGUGCUUGGUCACUCGUGUUUGUUUGCUGUUGGUAGUUGUGGGCUUCUGGAAGUCGCCGUGGAGACGGCGCCGAGUGCCGACGUCUCACACAUGGAUUGGACGAGGGACUGAAGCACGCGACAGGACUCGACUGUGCUCCUUUACGUUCUCGGUGUUCGUGCUUCUUCUUCUUCUUAUUCUUCUACUUCUCCUUUUCCUUCUCCUUACUGCAUUUCUCCUCUCUUUCUUUUUUGCCUGUUGGAUUAAGUUGGAAAACAACAACUCACAAAGUUAGUCAUUUAAAUCACUGUUUUUUUUUUCUUGAAGAGUGUGAAGCCUGCUUAGAUGCCCCACCUUGAUGUGUUUUACCACUUCUGUUGAGUGAAUAUUUCCCUGAUUGUACUGAGCAGCUCGUACAGUAUAAACGCACUGAAAGCUUGUCAGGGCGCCGUUCUCUCACAUGAUUUCUUCAAUGAUUUCUUCAAUUGCUGUACUGUAUUUACUCCAAAGAGGUCAACCCCAAACAGAGGGCCAACCUGAAGGCAAAAUUUGAAUGUUUUUUGUUUAGUUGUUUUGUCUGCAGUUAGCAUGUCUCCACUCUGCAGAGAUCUGUGCACAGAAUUGUCACUGUGUAGCAAUGUUACAGUGAACAUGUUUUGAUACCUCUAUAACAUCUAACUGCACAAACACACACCCUCCAGCACUCUUCAGUACAAAAUGAGCAGCAACAGAUUGAUAUUAAUUGAUUAAUAGAAUACACAUGGUUUCGAAAAGGGCUUUUACAAAUCUCCUCCUGUUAAAUUUAUUUAUCCCGGCAAGAAAUCAUGUACAGUUUAUAUGUUAUAUGACUGAAAGUGCACAGAGUGAUUGCAUGUUUGUGUUUCGUUGAACCAAUCAGUUGGUUGUGGGUUGGGAGCUUCAUUUGGGUUUAAAAACAGACUGGACUUUUGAUGAUCUACAGCAGUGUGCUAAAAUCAAUCAUUUUUGUUAUCAAGCUUUCUGAUAGUUGAUGUGAUUUUUCGAGCCUGGGAUAGCAUAGGCUCUCUCUUGUGUUUCCUUUGUCUAUUUUCCCCUGAAAUGAGUAAGUCCCCAGGCUGGAGCUAGCUGAAUUAAGCAGCACUCUUUUUCUUCUUCUUUUUUAUCAUCGACUAACUUUAUAUUCUUUUUACCUCCUGUCCAUAAUCUGACAUGGGUUUAAAAUAUCCUCUGAGCUGACAAAAGUAAGACCCUCUUUUAAGGGGUUCCUCGAUAGACUAACCACAAAGAUUUUUUUCCAUUUGAAUAUUUUUUGUGACAUUAAGUGGCUUUGGUAUUCUGAUGAGAAAGCGGGCUAGCAUCAUUAAUGGAAAAGAUGCAAGUCCCCCCUUUUUAGUGUGUUGCUUGUUACUGAUGGCUAUAGUGAAUAAGGUAUGGUAAAAGUCUGAAUGUACGUCUCUCACUUCUUCCAUCUUUUUGUUUUGUAAAUUCAUGAUGGUGUUAAAUGACGAUGAUGAUAAUGAUGGUGAUGAUAAUGAUGAUGAUGAUGAUGACUAUGAUGAUAUUAAUAAUAUAUGGGCAGGUAAGUUUUUUUGAGGUUUUCCAUUUUGGUUCCCACUGCAAGAGACUGUAUUUUUACAGCAAAAAGAAUGACCGAUAAACAGUACAGUAAUGCACUCUCUAAAUGCAGCCUUCACAAAAGCUUUGUACGACCAGUCGAGAUCCAUAGCCGAUAUUCAGAUUUGAAGUUGAAGAUGAGUGCAUGGACCUCAGCCUUCCCAUGUGCUGUUUUGCUACAAGAUUAAAGAAUCGACAACAAAAAAAAAAAGAAGCAAAUUGAUGCUGCAUGAUAGUAAAUACUGUUUUUAGACUUCUGGCUGCCUUUUUUGAAUCAUAAAAACAGGCUGUUCGCUGUAAAAUGGCUUGCAGAGUUCUGUCUCUACACAGCACUAGUUACCAUAAAUGACUAUUAUUACUUUUUGUGUAUUGAAGCACAAAAGCAUGUUUACCAUUGUUCAGUGUUACGAUGUACAUUUAUAAUGCCUAAAAUGUUUUAAUGAGAAACAAAACCAAGGGAAUGAGGAAUGUUUAUUAAUACUAUAAUCAAAAAAAUGUAAAAGGCUGAAUGGAAUCAUGUAUAUAUUUCUUAAGUCUCUGCAAUAUUCCAACUUCUUUCCUCUUCUAACAACAAAAGACAUGAAUUUCAAAAAUAAAUAUGGAGUGUCGUUCAGUUGAACAUAAGGAAGUACAAUCACUGAUAAAGUUGAUAUUGGUGGUGUUGAGAGACAUUUAUCUAAUCAUGUCACUCUUUCACUCAACAAGGAAAAAAAUCUACACAGUUUUUCCUAACAGCAGGGGAUGCUUGAUACAGAUCUCCCUGGCCUGUGGGUAUUUUACAAAUAUACUACUUCAACUCCUCAGAUCAAUUUACGUCCUUACUGAAUGUUCAAUUGCACUCUUUGUGGCUCCAUCCUUGAGAAAUUGAUAUGAAAUGGUGGGGGGGGAAAUUUUGUUGGAUGUCAUAGAGGAAGUUACACAUCCUCUCCUAGGUUUCUCCGAUUUGUUUCCCCAACAUUUAGAUUCCUUUUUAAAUGUAUUUAUUUAUAUACUUUGUGCUAGGCCAUGAAAAAAAAAAUGUUUGUGGUACCAGCCCUUUAACAUUGUGAUUCCUCUUCCUGACUGUACAUCGACUCACUUGUUUUCUGUUUAUUUCCUUAUUUCCUUUAUUUUUGGACUAAACUGUCAAAUAAACGACUAUAAAUAUGUUAAUAUGAGUUUUCGAAUAAAGGUUUCAACAAAAUUGCAUCCUA